UGUGUUGACACGCUCUGCACCUUGCUCCUGCCCUCGCCUUUCACUCUUCUUAUCCCCCCGAUACCCCGAUCAUUCCUGACAGCUCCUGAGUGCCAGGAUUUCAUCAUCCAGCCCUGCAGGAUGCUCCCCUUUGUCCUGAGGGAGGCUGUCCCAGACAGAGAGGAGGAGAUGGAGGUAGACACCAAGAUUGAUAUGGAGGAGGAGAUGGAAAUUGACGGAGAAGACCCAGGAGAGGAAGAGAUGGAUGUGGAUGAGGAUGUUGAAGAAGAGAUGGACGUGGACGUGACUGAGGACGAAGAGAUGGAUGUGGAUAUGGAAGAGUCCAUUGAGAACAUGGAUAUUGAUUAAGAAGGUGCGAUGGACAUCACCGACAGAGGCACCACCCUUUUGUAUAUAUGUUUUACACUUUGUUGUUGUUCUUUAGAAUAUAGAUUUUAAGACUUCUGUAAAUACGUUUCACAUAGUUUUGCUAGGUAGGUUUUUCUGUAUAUAUGUUCUAUCAAUUGUUGUUGUUACAAAUAUUCUUAGAAUGUAAAUAUGUUCUGUAUUUUUGCUGCUGUUCUUCUGAAAUAAACAAAUUUUAUUUUUCACA